AUGUACUCCUUCAUCCUUCUUACGGCUGCUCUCGCUAUGCUGCCUUCGGUAAGCAAUGUUCAGAUUGACGGCCGCUUCAUCGACAGCGACCGCAGUCUCAAAUAUGACUGGCAGCUUACCCAGCAAAACUGUAUCAACAACUACAAGGGUCUUGCAAACUACGAUAACGGCAAAGGCCGAUGCAUCUCUAUUAGCCCCGAUGGGUUGAGUGGUAAAAACUGGUGGAACAAUUGCGUCAAGCAAGCUGCUAAUGGAUGGUACGACGUUGAUCCCGUAACCGGCAACGUUGUCGUCUCUCACGAUCCUUACAAAAGUAACUGGGCCGAGGGUCGUGGAUAUGGGUAUUCCGGUUAA